CUGAUCCGUAAGACGCCGGUCGUCAUGGCGCGAAACGAAACCACUUUCUCACUCCCUCUCCCAGCCCGGACGGACCAGACAUCAUCGACGGUGAACCAGGAAGCGGGCAAGGCAGCAGCGCGCUCUCACUCACAUGGUCGCUUUGCGCCGCGCCGCGCCGAUUCCAUCGCAGCGCCAUGCGGCCGCCGCACGCCUCCGCGUUCGGCGCCGCCGCCGGCCUUGUCUUCUCCCCCCUCCUCCUCUUCCUCCUCUUCCUUCUGUUGUCCCAACCGGCCACCGCCAGCCGCGCCCGCGAGCUGAGCUUGUGCGCCCAGGCCUGCCAAACCGCCCUGCGCCCGUGCCGCUUCGCCGACUCGAGGCCUACCGACUCCCUGUUCGCGCAGUCUUGCCGGAGCCGCCUAGCGCUGUCGUCGGCGUACCUCUGCUUCGAGACCGAGUGCGGCCCCCAGGAUCGGGCUGUUUCGAUCGUGAGCUUCAAUGAGACUUGCAUGGACGUGCUCGGCAGCCCGGUGCCUGCAUUCGAUCUCGUUGCCAACUACACGGCCGAUGACGUCUCCCGUCUGCCGAGGGUCACCAGGAAUGAGUCGCUGCAUGUCGGCGAGCCCUUCUCCGGGCCGGUGCUGCCGUCGCCGGAGCACUUUAUCGCGUGGUUCGAGACACUUGACGCCGUUGCCUAUGUCCAACGGCACCACUUCUACUACGGCUUCUCCAUGGUCAUCUUUUGGGUCGCCGUAGUGGCCGUUGGUGUCCUCAACAAGGUAUUCUUGAUCCUUUCCCGUCUGUGUUACAGGCACGGCCCCUGGCCGACGUCGCGGGGCAGGAAAUGGGUCCAACGCAACAUCACCAUCCCCGCGACCUUUGGUUAUCGAUGCGCGCAGGACGUAUGGUGGGGCACAGUCCCUCCCCGGAUAGAGUCCAUCACCAUCGUCGUCUUUCUCCUCGUCAAUGUCGCCCUGAGCGUCUGGGGCUACCGAAUUGUCGACGUCAACUACUACUUCCCCACCAGGGAAAAGCAGAUCCUCCGAUAUGUCUCGGAUCGUACAGGCAUCAUCUCCUUCUUCAACUUCCCGAUCAUCUGGCUCUUUGGGAUGCGAAAUAACAUCGCCAUGUGGCUGACGGGAUGGGACUACGGCACCUUCAACAACUUCCAUCGCUGGGUAGCAAGGAUCGCGGUUGUGCAGGCGGUCGUACACUCGGUGGGCUACACUGUGCUGAUAUUCCGAGAGGGCGGCUGGGCUUAUUACAAGUCUUGGUUCCUUCACUGGUUCUGGAAUGCGGGUGUCAUCGCCACUGUCCUCAUGGUCCUCCUGGCCGUCCCCGGCUCUAUUUACUGGAUGCGAAGGCGUCACUACGAAAUGUUCCUGAUCUUGCACAUUAUCCUAUCCAUGUUGGUUUUGCUGACUAUGCUUGGUCACGUUUCCAUUUUCAAGAACCACGAGUUCGAUGGGCUGUUUUGGGUGCCUCUAUAUAUCUGGGUGCUCGACCGACUUACACGCGCUGUCCGCAUCAUUCUCUUUAGCCCACGAAGCUGGGCCGCUGACUGCCUAGCUACAUUCCACGACUCGGCCAAUAUCGUGCGCCUCGUGGUUCCCAUCAACAAGGCGGCCUUCAAGGUGAGGCCGGGGACGUUCUUCUACCUCAUGAUUCUCGACGACUCGCGCCCCUGGGAGAGCCAUCCCUUCACCGUGGCGUACGUUGCAUGCGACGACUCUGCAAAGUCCCUAAGCGAGCAGGCCCGGCUGCUGGAUUCCGACGACGACCUUGCCGAUGGCGGCGAGCCUGACUUGUCCCAGCCAAGCACGCCGUGCAUGACAUUUCUAAUUCGCCCAUAUGACGGCCAGAGCCGGCGACUACAAGAACUCGCAGCAUCCGAACCGUCAGCGCCCACGCGGUUGCGCGUCAUGGUCGACGGCCCCUACGGCCACUCGCGAGCCCUUGCCGACUACGACCACAUUCUCUUCAUCGUCGGCGGCAGCGGCGUAGUCACUGCGCUGUCGUAUCUCCGGUCCCUCACUCAGGCCCCCAAGGGACCCAAGGUCGAGAUCCACUGGGCGGUGCGAGAGCCGGCCUUUGCUAGGGAAGUUCUCGGCGACAUCCGCGAGAUGUGCAGCUUCGACAACCUCGCGAUCGACCUGUAUAUCUCUUCUCGCACCGAAUCAGUCAACGUUGGUGAGGUGCCGCCCGAGGUGCGACAACAUCCUCAAAGGCCCGACGCUCAUUUACUUGUGGCCUCGGCCGCCGCCAGGGCCGGAAGGGAUGCCUUGUCCGUGGUCGCGUGCGGCCCGGCCAGGCUCUCUGACGACGCGAGGAGGGCCGUCGUCAAGGCGCUCGCGAACUGCGAGUGCCGGAUAGACUACUUUGAAGAAAGCUUUAGAUGGUAGAAUGGGUUCUCGAUACCCCAGUGUCUCGGGCGUCUUACGCUACGGGGUGUCUGCAACCCGACCGGCCACAGCCAUUAGAACAUUUAGAAGUCAUCCACUGGGAUAUGGGUGUUUACGACAAUUGCAUAUAAAGUACAUAGAUGGCGGGUUAGCGAGGUUAUCAUGAAAUUUUCCAAGCAUACAAAUUACAUACGCACGGCACGUUUAUAGCCGGAAGGAAUACUACAGUCAUUCGAGUGUAUUGUCGGCAGUGCAGACAAACUAUCCUGGUGAGAUGAGAUUGGGAACUCAACAAUACACC